CUAAAUUCUCUCCACUUUUCCUCUUUCCACUGUUGUGUUCAUCUGAACAUGAUUGACGCUAUUGAAUCAUAGGGUUUUAGAGUGAGACUUUUCACUGACUCAUUCAGCUUCUCUUACUCAACCAAACACCAAACAACAAAAACAUCAUCAUAGUUUGGUUCCUAGAUCUUCUCAACCAUUGCUUCCUCCAACAUCAUAUGAUCGGUUCUAUAUGGCUAAACCAAGUUCAUCUGGUAGUAGAACUAGAAGCUUUGUGCAGAUCUUUAUAGUAGUUGGUCUAUGUUGUUUCUUCUACAUAUUAGGUGCAUGGCAGAGAACUGGUUUUGGAAAGGGAGAUCUUUUACAAUUGGAGGUUACUAAGAAAGGUGCUGGUUGUGAUAUUGUUCCAAAUUUAAGCUUUGAUUCUCACCAUGGUGGAGAAGUUGGCAAAAUUGAUGAGGUUGAUUCAAAACCUAAGGUAUUUAAGCCUUGCAAGGCUCGAUAUAUCGAUUACACGCCCUGCCAUGAUCAACGGCGUGCCAUGACCUUUUCUAGACAAAAUAUGAUUUAUCGAGAGAGGCAUUGCCCUCGUGAAGAAGAGAAGUUACAUUGUUUGAUACCAGCACCGAAAGGGUAUGUUACUCCAUUUCCAUGGCCAAAGAGCCGUGAUUAUGUUCCAUAUGCGAACGCACCCUACAAGAGUCUUACAGUUGAGAAGGCUAUUCAGAACUGGAUCCAAUAUGAGGGAAAUGUGUUCAGAUUCCCUGGUGGUGGAACCCAAUUCCCUCAAGGGGCUGACAAAUAUAUUGAUCAAAUUGCUUCUGUGAUACCGAUCGAGAAUGGAACAGUCAGGACAGCACUGGACACUGGUUGCGGGGUUGCCAGUUGGGGUGCAUAUCUUUGGAGCAGAAAUGUUAUCGCUAUGUCAUUUGCACCUAGGGACUCACAUGAAGCACAAGUACAGUUUGCACUUGAAAGGGGUGUACCUGCUGUCAUUGGUGUCCUAGGAACCAUAAAGUUGCCUUAUCCAUCUGGAGCCUUUGAUAUGGCGCAUUGUUCUCGUUGCUUAAUUCCUUGGGGAUCAAAUGAUGGGAUUUAUUUGAUGGAAGUUGACCGAGUUCUAAGACCUGGCGGUUAUUGGGUGCUUUCGGGACCUCCAAUCCAUUGGAAGGCUAAUUACAAAGCCUGGCAAAGACCUAAGGAGGAUCUUGAGGAAGAACAAAGAAAGAUUGAAGAUGUUGCUAAGCUCCUUUGCUGGGAGAAGAAGUCCGAGAAGAAUGAAAUUGCCGUCUGGCAGAAAACUGUUGAUUCUGAAACAUGUCGACGUAGACAGGAAGAUUCUGGUGUGAAGUUCUGUGAAUCAACAGAUGCUAAUGAUGUUUGGUAUAAGAAAAUGGAAGCCUGUGUUACUCCUAAUCGUAAAGUCCACGGAGAUCUUAAGCCUUUUCCACAGAGAUUAUAUGCAGUUCCUCCUAAAAUUGCCAGUGGUUCUGUUCCUGGAGUUUCAGCCGAGACAUACCAGGAUGAUAACAAAAGGUGGAAAAAACAUGUAAAUGCUUACAAGAAAAUAAAUAAGCUCCUGGGCUCUGGAAGGUAUCGCAAUAUCAUGGAUAUGAAUGCUGGUUUGGGUAGUUUUGCUGCUGCUAUUCAAUCUCCCAAGUUAUGGGUCAUGAAUGUUGUGCCUACUAUAGCUGAGAAACAUACACUCGGUGCCAUUUAUCAGCGAGGACUCAUAGGCAUUUAUCAUGAUUGGUGUGAAGCUUUCUCUACAUAUCCAAGGACGUACGACCUCAUUCAUAGCAAUGGGCUCUUUAGUCUGUAUAAGGACAAAUGUAACAUAGAAAACAUUCUUAUGGAGAUGGACCGGAUUUUACGACCUGAAGGUGCCGUGAUAUUCCGCGAUGAAGUUGAUAUCUUAAUCAAGGUAAAGAAAAUUGUUGGAGGAAUGCGAUGGGAUACUAAACUGGUCGACCAUGAGGACGGUCCACUUGUUCCGGAAAAGAUACUAAUUGCUGUCAAGCAGUAUUGGGUUGCUGAUACAAAUACCACAUCAACACAAUAACCACUCAAAGACAAAUUGGAAGGCGUGGCCAUAAAUCGCUGGUGCCUUUCUCUAUACAAUCCUUAUAGAGUUCAUAUGGUUUUGUAAUAUGAGAAUUUUGGCUUGAUUAUCAUCACACCUAUGGUACACAAGAAGGGCUGAUCUACAUACCACCGACGUUUCAGAUUGAAAGUAUGUAUGGUUUCUGACAUUGUAGUUAUAUUCAAUCACUUCUAUUUUAGCAAACUCUACUACCGGUGUCUGCGUUAUGUUUAAUUGUACCUUAGCUUGAGGUUUAUGCUAUUAGGCAUUUUUUCCCUCAGAAUUUAGUUAUCUUGUUCAGAAAUCAAGCAAACACUGGCUUCUUAUUGAAUAGUUUUUUUCUUUCUCAUUUUCUCUCUAUAUUAAGUCGAUGUCCCUCUACUUUGCAAUGUAAUGGAUGAUAACCUGUCCAUGUUUUGUAAUCUAACAAGUAUAUGAUAAUAUAUCUUCCUGACUAGAAUUCCCUCAUUGCUUGCUAGUGAGACUUAAA